ACCAUUCGAACUGGAUGCAAGUCUAAUUGUUCACUAUGGUGAUACACUGGAAACUGUCAGUGGGAAUUACUUGCCAAUUAUUGCAUCUGACAUUGUGACCAUUGACAUGUACGACAGGAAUCAUAGCAAAAUAAGUAUCAACUGUAAUAUCUACUUCCCAGUUAUUAAGGAUGUAACUACAGAAAAUACUUCGAACGCAAAGCUCAUCCCAGCAUGUCACUACAAACACGAUAUAAAUGACUUAUCUGCCUUGUGGAAAACGGAUGGUUGCGUUACAAACUAUGCCAACGACUAUAUGAUUAGCGGAGUGACGUGUAUAUGCACUCAUAUGACGUCAUAUGUAAUUCUGAUGAAACCCGAGCAGAUAAAUAACAGGACUUUGUCUGUGCUUACGACCGUUGGGGUUUCCAUUUCUAAUGUGUUUCUCAUCAUCACUCUUGUUAUCUGUUGCUUCAAGGAUUUAAGGAACUCGGACCGGUACAGGAUUUUGCGCCAUUUGGUCAUCGCUCUACUAUUUGCCAAUAUGUUCUUUUUGUUGCUUGAAGUCGAUGUAAAAAACGUAAUCGCAUGCAGUAUUCUUGCUGGUUGCUUGCACUACAGUAUGUUGGCAGCUUUUUCGUGGAUGUUGAUAAUGUCAACAGAUAUAUACAUGAAGAUCAAACAUCCGUUUGCUGAUCAUGAGAGGCGCUUCUCGUACAGUCGAUACAUUGGUUGGAUUGGACCCGCCACUGUCGUCGGGACGACAGUUUGUUUAACAAGACAAAACUACGCCUCUGAUAAGUGCUGGUUGGAGAGUGGACAGGGUGCUAUAUGGGCGUUCGUUUCUCCUAUGUGCAUCACCAUUCUGAUUGUCCUCGUGCAGUUGGUGGUUAUUGGCUAUAUAGCUUUCAAGAAAUCUCAACUACCAAACCAAACAGGACAAGAAAUGGAAAACCUGAAACGAAUCAGAACUGUGUUUAGUGGUAUACUGCUCCUAACACCAACCGUUGGAAUUCCGUGGAUUUUCGGUGUCAUCCUCGUCUUUUGUGAUUGGGAAGUGUUGAAAUACAUAUAUGUUAUUUUUAACUCCAUGCAAGGAUUCUUUAUCUGGCUGUCACAGUGCGUUUUCAGUAAAGAGGUGCGAGAGGCACUGCUUAAGAAGUUCAGCAAUCAAAUAAGUCAAGAAAGUACCACAAUGGAGCUCUGUAACAACUCCAAUUAGUCAGGCUUUUGAAUAUCACAUGAUGAUGGAUAAAUUUGAUACAAUGGUUGCUUAACCACAUUCACAUCAUCAGGAAAAUCAAUACAAUAUCAGCAGUAACCGUGUUAUGUUAAGUCGAGUGAUAAAUAUAUCAAAGUAAUUGUAUUUUAUAGUGAAAUACAUACUACCGUAUAGUUAUACUUUGAACAUUGAACUGGUGUAUAAUUAAGUAGCAUGUUCUUUAUAUAUUGAUCUUACAAUACAUCUUUUAAAUUUCCGUAAAAACAAUCUCGUUACUGAGAUAUUCUUUUUAAAAAAAUGUAAUUUAUUGUUGAAAGGUUACGAAUAAUGUGUGUAUAAAUAGAGAAUUACCCGUAGGCUUUCAC